GGUAAGAAAGACGCGAAGAGCAGAGCGCGUGAAAGCAGGUGAAUGGCAUUGGCAUAGGAAGGAACUGAAGCAGAUUAUUCUUUGCUCCUUUACUACACCUUCCUUCCCUCCCCUCUUUUCUCUUCUCUUUCUCCUGUUUUCUUUUCUGCAACCAUUUAAGCUUCUUUUUCCGAUUCCAAUUUCGCUCUUCUCUUCUCUUUUUCUUCCCUUUCUUCUCUCUUACUGUCCCCAAACCCUUUCAUCAACUUCAUCUUCUUCUUCUUCUUCAUGCUGAAGAAAAGUGCUGCUUCACUUCUGCAACUUUAGGUUUCCGACCAAUUGGGGUUUCGUGAUGUGUAUCUGCAACUGAAUCGAGAAGAAUGACAUUUUUUUUGUCUGUGAUUGUGUUGUAGAUGGUGGAUUAGGCUGUAUAAUUGCUGUUGUUGGUUGAGUCUGUCGUUAAUUCAAUCUGGAUUUGAGUGCGGAUGAUUUCUUUAUGUGGCUGAGUGAGUGGUUUUUAUACAGCAGGAAGGUUUGUUGCAUUCGUUGUUGUCGUUGUUGUGUGGUUUAUUUUUUUCGAGAGUUUGGAACAUAGUCGGCAGACAAAAAGGAUUGACUUUUGUUCAUGGGUAAUAAACUUGGGAGGAGGAGACAAGUGGUAGAUGAGAAGUAUACUAGACCGCAAGGGUUGUAUAAUCAUAAAGACGUGGAUCAUAAGAAGCUGAGGAAGCUAAUACUUGAAUCUAAGCUAGCACCUUGCUAUCCUGGAGAUGAAGAAAGUGCCUAUGACCGUGAAGAGUGCCCUAUCUGCUUUCUGUAUUAUCCAAGUCUAAACCGAUCAAGAUGUUGCACAAAGAGCAUUUGUACAGAGUGCUUUCUACAGAUGAAAGUUCCAAAUUCCACUCGACCUACACAAUGUCCCUUCUGUAAAACAGCAAAUUAUGCUGUGGAGUAUCGUGGUGUGAAAUCAAAAGAAGAGAAGGGAUUGGAACAGAUUGAAGAGCAGCGUGUUAUUGAGGCAAAAAUUAGAAUCCGGCAGCAGGAACUUCAGGAUGAAGAGGAAAAAAUGCACAAAAGACUAGAAAUGAGCUCCUCAAAUGUAAAUGUGGCAGUUGCAGAUGUUGAAUACAGUUCAAAUGCAGUGUCUGCAUCUUCAAUUUCUGUUGAACAUGAUGAAAUUGUUUCUUCUCAAGACUCAAGUGCCACAUCAAUGGUUAGACCAAAUGCAACCACUAGGACCAAUAGAGACGAUGAAUUUGAUGUUGACCUUGAGGACAUUAUGGUCAUGGAAGCAAUUUGGCUUUCCAUUCAGGAGAAUGGCAGGCAGAGAAAUUUAUCUUUUGCUGAUGCUACUUCUGGACACUACGCAGCUGAUGGUCAUUAUGUUUCGGCCGUAACCGAAUCAUCCUCGUCUCCAUCUGGAGGCCUUGCCUGUGCCAUUGCAGCUCUUGCUGAGCGCCAGCAAAUGGCUGGAGAAUCAUCUCUGAGCUUCACCAAUGAAAACGUAUCAUCAUUCAACACACCGCAAAGUUCUAGAAGGUUUUAUAACAGACUUGGUCAGGAUAUGACUAGGUAUCCACCUGUUGACGACCUCAAUGAGGAGCCACCAGAUGGUAAUGCAGCGAUGACUAGGAGUCAUAGUGAAUGGGACACAGGGGCACAGAUGACUGAACAAGCAACUAGCUAUACAAACUCUAUUGUAGCAGAUGAUCGUGGUGAACUAUCUUCUUUGCCACAGUCUGAUGACAUUGAUGGAAGCCUUCAAAGUGCCACGGAACCUAUUAUUCCUGAGAGUUUUGAGGAACAGAUGAUGCUUGCUAUGGCUGUCUCUUUGGCUGAAGCUCGAGCCAUGUCCAGUGAGCAGAGUGCUUCUUGGGAUUAGUCUUUGAUUGGUUGAGGUACUGGUUUAAUCUCUUUUAAAUGGGUUACGCUUGCCUUGGGUAAAUUGGCAAGCCGAGUCCAAUGUUGAGAAUUUGAGGAAAGUUCACUCGUUGUGUGCAAUUUGUUCAAGGAUCAGGUAGUGAUCUCUCUUCCAACACAAAUUUAUAGAUAUAAAUGUCAAAGGAAAACGAAUGAUUCUAGUUGGUGAAAGGUUGCUGUUCAAUGGCAUUUUUUUUACUUGUCUUCAAUGUUUUCUCCCUGUCCCCCUCAUUGGUUUCUGUAAAUAGUUUUAGUCUUUGAUAGAUGUACUUUCAUUCUUACAGUAAUAUAUGACACAUUUUAAACAUUUACUGAAGAUGUAAGGGAAUUAAAUUUCUUUCAUGAAAUCUUUGUGGUUCUAUUCAUUGAGAUCUUACUUAAACAGAAGUUAUGCCUGUAGGCUCGACUCUUAAAUAUCUGCAGAACUUUGUAUAAA